CCAUCCUCCAUCCCAUCCCCAUCCACCUUGCACUGCUGCUUUCGCUUUUUCUCCGCGCCCCCGCUUUUUCUCUCUCUCUCUCUCUCUUUCGCAGUCCCUUCCCCCGUCCCUGUAUCCCUGGUUCGAGGCUCGACAUCCACCCGCAGUGGGAUAGACAGCCAGGUGGUCCAAACUGCCCGCGGUCAGCAUGGCUGCCCUUCGCCUUAUCGUAGCGAUUACCGCCAUUUCUUUCGCGUGCAAGGCGUCGCUUCUGCACAACGCGCAGGUGCCCGACCUUGUGGCCACCAAGGAGCAACUCCUGAAGUCUCAGGUCUUCCAGGAGAAGGUCAAGCAGGCCUGCGGAGGUACCGAGGAGCGUAACCGACAGGCGUGCGCCUCAGGGGCCACGGAGGGGCUGUUCUGCCAGCUGCUAGCGCGGCAGCAGCCAGAGCUUGCAAAGCAGGAGGGUUGCAAUGGGAACGCGGUCCAGAUAAAGCCCCCGUCGCUCGUCCAGCUCCAGGCGAGCAGGGGUCCAGAAGACGACCUCGCCCAGGAGAUGACGCACGACCUGGAGAUGAAUUUCAACAAGAUCGCCCCCUUUGGGAAGGAGGACACCGCCAAGGAGCUCCAGGAUCACGCCGCAAAGACGCAAGACACUCUGGUCGAUGCCGUCGAGAAUGCGGAGGUCGCGGAGAUCAAGCGUGCUGUGUUCCGAGCUCUGACACGUCUUCGGGCGGCGACGAUCAAGGAGUUCGAUACCAUCGCUCGACUUGAGACACAGGCCAUCGACGCUUACAACGACGCACACCACUACCGCGCAGAGAACCCGCUGGCCCACCUCCACGAGGAUGAAGCGCCUGUGGAGACCGACAAGCUCAAGUCCUUUCACUGAGCCGGCGCUGGGGUCCUCCCCCUCCCCCUUGCACCUCCCCCUCCCCCCCUUGCUCGUCGUCAUCGUCCUCGUCCUCCUCCUCGCCUGCCUCCAACUCCAUCUGCUCGCCGUCCUGCCUGGAAUCAGCCCGGGAUGCACGAGCUAGCCUGGCCCCGUCUCUUCCGCACCCUCCUCCUGAGGGCCUUCCAGGACCGAGGGUCCAGGUCUUUGGAGGAUCGGGUCUUGAUGGGGUACCUUCGACAUGGCUUGGUUCCUGCCGUGACUGCCCGUGAGGAGGCCCUUCAGUUCAUCCUCUUCAUCGUUCUCCUUCUUCUUCCUCCUUCUCCUCAUCCACCCUCCUGGAUGAAGGCGAACAGUUGAACUCCGUUCUAUGGGGCGUGAAUUACGUCACAUCCACCGUACCAGUUCGUCGUCUUCCCCCUUCUGAUUUCCUCUCCAGUUUGGCGAAUCCUCGGCUGCACGCUUUGGGAGGCAAACACGGGCAUCAGGCUUGCUUUGCGUUGUCGUGGAA